UUCAAUCUCUCUCUUGCUCUGUCAGGGACCUAAAACCCUAACCAGCUGAGCUCCCCCUUUUCCCCUUCCUUCCGUCCCCUGAGUCCCUGACCUCCUCCUCUGCAACCAACAAAAUCGAUUAAAGAUGCAGCACGACGAGGUGAUAUGGCAGGUUAUUCGCCACAAGCAUUGCAGCUACAUGUCAAAAAUUGAAACUGGGAUUUUCUGUAGAAACCCCUAUAACGUUACCGGGAUUUGUAACCGGAGCUCCUGCCCUCUCGCUAAUAGUCGAUACUCCACGAUUCGCGACCAUGACGGAGUCUUCUAUCUUUAUAUGAAAACUAUCGAGAGAGCUCAUAUGCCGAAUAAAUUAUGGGAAAGAGUGAAGUUGCCGCGGAAUUAUGAGAAAGCACUUGAAAUCAUUGACAAGAAUCUGAUGUAUUGGCCUAAGUUUCUCGUGCACAAAACAAAGCAACGGCUAACUAAAAUGACUCAGAUGCGGAUACGCAUGAGGAAGCUUGCUUUGAAAACAAGGGAGAAAAUAAUGACAACACCAAGGAAACAGAUAAAGAGAGAGGCUAGAAGAGAGGAAAAGGCUGAAAAAGCUGCACUGUUGGACCAGAGCAUUGAGAAAGAACUAUUAGAACGCCUUAACAAAAAUGUUUAUGGUGAUAUAUACAACUAUCCAUUUAAACAAUACCAAAAAGUUCUUGAUGGGGCAGAGGUGGAGACUGAAAGAGAAGAAGAAGAGGAGGAGGAGGAGGAGGAACCUGAGAUUGAAUAUGUUGAAGGCUAUGAUGAACUUGAAGAGGAAGAUGAUAUAGAAGAUUUUGCUGGUCUUGCAAUGGACAAUUCACAUGCAGAUGAAGAUAAUGUUGGAAUCGAUGAAGAGGCAGAAGUAGUUGCUCGCAAGAGAGGGCGAAAGGAAUCUGCCUUUACUUCUAGAAAGUUUGAGAAGGAUGAACCUGCUGUCAAAUCGAAGAAAAAGCCGAGGGUGCUUGUUGAGGUGGAGCAUGAAGAUACUGGUGCUAGGCUAAAAACAGUCCAGUGAGAGCUACCGCUUAUUUCUUCAUUUGACUUGUAAAAGACAUGGUUGCAAUGCUCUUCUGCUUGUUCGGUCGGCUGUCGGUUCUUCACAAAGCUUGCGGCGCAAAGAAGAAACUUUCUAAAGGAGACCAAGUUUCAAAGAUUUUGAUAGCUAAGCAUGUGCUAUUCACACCCUUUUUUUACUUUCUGCACACCCUUGUUAAUUUUGUUCAUUCAUCUUCUUCAAUUCAUUUGAUCCAACGUCUGGAAAUUGAAAAGGGUGUGUGCAAGGUAAUGGGGGUGUGCACUGCAUACUGCAUAUCACCACCGUUUUGAUUAUCGUAGAAAGACAAUUUGUUGUUUUUGUUAAUACAAAAACCCAAAAAACCAAGGUACCCAGCCUAUUGUUAUGGUUUACGUUGUCCGACGAACUAUAAAUCUCAAAGAUUGUACUGCCAGUUUUGUGUCUCAUGUCUUUUGAGUGAGGAUCUAGUUGGAGUUUGGAGGCAGCCUAUUUGUUUGUAUUUCGGUCUUCUGGGUUGUAAACGUCUUCUGUAACAAAGCAAGACAAUUUAUUUUUUUUCCCACAGGAUAUCCCGGCUUUUUGGUAGGCAAUUUACUUUUCUUAUGUGUU